AGACAAAAAGAUUAAAAUCUCGAAGGGAAAAAUAAAUUUACGUUACAACUCCAAGCGCAAUCGUCUCGAAAACAAGUUCAUGUGCGGUUAACAGAUAACAAUGUUGGUGUCGACUAAUUUUCAUACGUUUUUCAAAAUUAUCUGUUGCACCAUAGUGUUAUGCGUCGGCAUGCUCUUUACAACAAAUUGGACACGAGAGUCAGGAAUGUGUCAACAUAUCUCAAUGCAAUACAUUCGUCCACUCAAAACUCGUGCAGUUGCACGCGAGGAUCACGAGAUUUUUGAAGACACGAGGAAAGCUCUCAUGAGCGUCAAUAAAUCUUCUUUUAAUUUAGACAGCCCGCAAACUUUCAGUACUGGAAACAAUUCUCUGACGAUUAAUCAAACAGCUACAGGAGAAGGAAAAAAGCCAAAAAUCACUCAUAUAGCAUUCUUAAAGGUUCACAAAGCAAGUUCGACAACCAUGCAGAACAUUUUCUUCAGAUUUGGACUGAAAAAUAAUUUAAACAUUUUACUUCCCAAAAGGGGUAAUUACCUCCAGAAAAAGGCGGAUCAAAUGCCAAUUAAACGACCAAACCAUUAUGAUGUAUUUGCCAUACAUACAAUUUACCAUAAAUCGUUUUUCGACAGCCUACUUCCGGUAGAUGCCGUAAAAAUCGCAAUAGUUCGGGAGCCAAUCGACAGAAUGAUAAGCGCCGCCUACUAUUAUCGCGACGUGUGGCAUAAACCCUACUUAACUAGAGUCCCGCGUGCAGGCUUCAUUCACAACCUUGUCAAAUAUCCGGAGAAAUACGAGCCCAGCUUUUUUUCGGACACCCGAAAUGCGAUGGCAAGGGACUUCGGAUUACCGAAUAAGUUUAAGCCAACUGACACCCAGGGAGUUCAAAACUACUUACAGCAUCUAAACUCUCAGUUUUUAUUAGUAUUAUCCGUGGAAAAAAUCGACGAAUCUCUAGUGUUAAUGAAACGAUUACUCGGAUGGGAAUUGAAAGAAAUAUUAUAUGUAACAAAAAACAAACACAAGCAUACGCCAAUCGUACUAAGCGCUUACGAAAAAUCCAAAUUUAGAAAAACAUCGUUUUUAGACUUUAAAAUUUACGACUAUUUCACAAACGUUUUGGAUGAAAAACUUAACAAAAUGCAAGAAGACUUUUGGAAGGAAGUUAACUACUUGAAAACGAUACUAAAAAGGUUAAACGUGUUUUGUUCAAGUAACAAUCAAAGUCUCGGAAUAGUUAUAGCAAAGACAAAUUGGAAUGACCAAUUCAGCAUUUAUAAAAACGAUUGUAAAUUAAUGUCAACUAAUGAACUUUCGUUUAUUGCAAAGCUUCGAGCCCGUCAUAGACAAAGAAAUUCAUAACAUUAAAUCAUAUUAUUUUAUUUAUUUAUUGUUUUUGUAAAAAAAAAUGUAUCUUUUUUAAUAUAUUAUU